AUGGCGUCCGUGGGGCCGACCCUCGAGUCCCUCGUCGACCAGGUGAUCUCCAUCAUCACCAACGACGGCCGCAACAUCGUGGGGACUCUGCGCGGGUUCGACCAGGCCACCAACAUAAUCCUCGACGAGUCCCACGAGAGGGUCUACUCCACUAAGGAGGGAGUACAGCAGCUUGUCCUUGGUCUGUACAUCAUCAGGGGUGAUAACAUAGGCGUGGUGGGUGAGGUGGACGAGGAGCUGGACGCGGCGCUGGACAUGUCGAAGCUGAGAGCGCAGCCCCUCAAGCCAGUCAUCCACUGA